UAAGUUUGACCUUUGACCUCACUGGGUGGUUGGUGUGAUCAGCUGUUCCUUGUUUUGAAUGACUCCCUCAGAGGCCUCCAGCUGUACACGGAUUGUGGUUAUUUACAUUUCCAGGCUGAGAACUUAACUGCUUGAGCUGCAGCCAUGGGAGACCACAACCACCCACUACUGCUGGAGGGUCACUGUUACGAGAGCACCAACGCUGGUUUGGGUUCUGGACCUUACACUACUGACUGGUUUGUGUGUGGGCUGUGUGGGCUGAAAACUUGUGAUAUUGAGAGUUAUGUGACACACAUGGUACUCAAGGAGCAGUGUGUCCUUCAUCUGUGUCCUUCAUCUUCUAUCAGGGAUCUACUUUUGCCAAGAUUUUCUAAAAAGAGAGCAGAAGCAGAGGAGGUGGACAUAAAACAUGUCAAGGACCUGGUCCCUAUAAUGUGUAAAGAAGGAAAUGAGAUAAAUGAUGUGGAUAUGAAAGUUGUACAAGCAUCGGAAAUUGAAACUGGCAACAAGACAAGAUGGAAGUGUCAACUGUGUGGUCUCACUUUUUCCAGACAAGCAGCUGUCUUCAACCAUUAUAAACUCCAGCAUACAGUUGCUGGGGUAAUGGACCAGCAGUCAUCUGUAAGUGAGGCAGAAACAGAAGACAUUUGUGUAAAGAAAGAAACAAGUGUAGACUCCAAGACUCCUGUCAGGCACAUAGUUGCUGUUAAAUCCAAGACUCAUCUUGAGCAGCUGACCGAUGCUCUUCAAUACCCAGAUACAAAAUGGAACAAACUUAAUUGCCACUUAUGUGGUCAGAUAUUCAAAACGGGAAAAAUAUUACGUACACAUAUUGCAGUUGUACACAACCAAGGGCGACCUUUCCAAUGCAACUAUGAAGGAUGCUCCCAGUCAUUUAAGACAAAAGGUUCAUUGACAAGACAUGAAAGACGACACACAGGGGAGAGGCCGUUCACCUGUCAAGAUUGUGGUCGGUGUUUCCGAGAGUCAGGUUCCUUAGCUCGUCACCAACAGUCUCGGGUGUCCUGUGUAAACAAGAAAGAUUCUCAGAUGCCUCUGUAUGGCAAGACCCGUCCUCUAGACUCUCCUUAUGUUGAGAAGAAGCCCUUAUUGCAUGAUAUGAAAUUGAACACCAUCUUAAAGCAAGAAAUUUGUGGCCACCUUUCUGACGAUGAACUACCAAAUGGUCUCACUCCAUGGAAAACAGACGAGACCAAAAGUGAUGUGACUACCAGACUUGUAGGAACUCAAGGAGUAGUGAAACAGGAGGAUAAUUUGUCCCACCACAGCGCCUUGCCAGACACUACACACACAUUGGUUCCAUGUAAGGUUGAGAUGCCACUCAUCUCCAGUUCAUAUACAGAGGAGGAGGACCUUGAUGGUAGUCUGCUGACACCAGAGAGUAAAGGUAUGAACAGUGAAGACCUUGGGGACAUCAAGCCACCACAUUUAACAUCAGAUAUCAUCAGGAAAUCUUUCACGUGUCCUGUUUGCUGCAAGAACUAUUCCAGACGGCCAACCCUUGCACUGCACCUGAACAUACAUCUUGAUGAGCUUGGAGGAAACUGCAAUGAAUGUGGAAAGUCCUUUGCCAAACGAGAAGCUCUCUGUCGCCACCUGACCUCCCACUCGAAUGUGCGUCAGUUUAUGUGUCAACUGUGUAACAAAGCAUUCAAGCUCCUGAGUCAUGCCAGAGUCCAUCUACGCACACACACCACCACCAAGACCAUACCCUGCAGAUAUUGCAACAAUUUAUAUAAAACUAAAAGUGCCAGAAAUAUGCAUGAACGAACCCAUGACAAGAUUAAAGCCUUCAUGUGCAUGGAGUGUCAGAAAGCGUUUGUUACCAAAGCUUCCCUGAUACGCCACCUAAGGAUACACACUGGUGAAGCUCCAUUCCACUGUCAGUACUGUGGUCGUUGCUUCAAGGAACAUGGCACCCUGAGUAGACAUCUAAAACACAAAAUGCCAUGUGCUCAGCAGGCUGCCAUGGAGAUGAAAACUGGUGAUGUCGGGAUUCGUCUUGUUCAAGGCAACAGUAAAAUGGUCAAAGUUGAAACCAGUGAGAAGAGUCAAGAUGGUAAUGUACAGACUAGUCAAGAGCAGAAAGAUUCUCAGCAGACUGAUUAUAUGUCAUCUCCUGAACCCACCAUGAGUGACCCCACCAAACACUACAACAUGGAGGACACAGUCUCACUCAGCUCACCAUUGCUUGAGGACGAGACAGACCUGUUGGCACUAGGACGGGACCAGACACCCAGCAGUUUUCAGCUUAACAUUCAAGAACAUGGUGUCAAAGAAGAAAGAAAACCUGAGGAUUCAUCACAUAUUUUCCUCACCAAUAACGGCUGUGGCACACUACAAACUGUGGACACUUUAACUGUUAUCACUGACACUUAAAGUACUAUAGUAGAGUUAAUUUUAUGUAAAGGGCUCAAUUUAUAAAUAAAUUAAAAGGAUAAAUUUUAAUGACUA